AUGAAAUAUCCUCACAGAUACGCGCAGCCUCCACGAGGGGCGUUGAGGUUCCGUGCGCCCGCGCCGCUGGAACCAUGGUCGGGAGUCCGCGACGCCUUGGAGGAGGGCGCUGUGUGUCCUCACCGCUUCAUGCUCUUCGACACAUACAAGGGAGAUGAAGACUGCCUGUUCCUGAACGUGUACUCGCCGGCUCUGCCUGAUAAGCUCACCGGAUACAAUCCAAAGCUAGCAGUGAUGGUGUGGAUCCACGGGGGCGCGUUCACGAUGGGAUCCGGCAACGCAUUCCUGUACGGGCCCGACCACCUCGUCAGUGCUGGAGUAGUGCUGGUCACGCUCAACUACCGGCUCGGUGCCCUUGGCUUCCUCAGCCUGGAGAAUGAUGAGGUGCCAGGGAACAUGGGACUCAAGGACCAAGUGAUGGCCCUGAAAUGGGUUCGAGACAACAUUGAGGCUUUCGGGGGAGAUCCCUCGCGAGUGACGAUAUUUGGAGAGUCAGCUGGUGCCGCGUCCGUCCAUCUUCACAUGCUAUCCAAAGCUUCUGAGGGUCUCUUCCACGGAGCCAUAGCUCAGAGUGGGCUGGCUCUGUCCCCGUGGGCGCUGGCCAGCGGCGCACGCGCACGCGCCUUCGAGCUCGGCAAGGAGCUCGGCAUCGUCACCAACAACACCGCUGAGCUGCUGGGUUACCUUCGCGCAACUCCCAGCGAGCUCAUAGUGAAGGCAGGCGCGCGCCUCGCCGGGAUGCCGGGCAAGAAUGCCGACCUCAAGAGCACCGUGGCCCUGCCGUUCCUGCCCACGCUGGAGCCCGAAGGUCCCGACGCUUUCCUCACGGCCUCGCCACGGGACUCCCUGCCUGGAGCUGACGUGCCUUUCCUUACGGGAUACAACGCGCAGGAAGGCAUUAUCCUGUUUCGCCGAAUGCAGCGUGACCCAAAGCUGCUGAGCGAGCUGGACCGCGAGUUCCAGCGCGUGGUGCCGCCCGAGCUGUUCUCCGCAGACCCUGAGCUCACCAGCAACGUCACCGCCGCCAUCAGAGCCUUCUACUUCCAGCAGAGGCCCGUGGACACCAGGAAUGUCGACAGUCUUAUUGACUUAUUCACAGACGUGAUGUUCCUCCGGCCGUUAUUAGAGACCGUUCGCCUGCAAGCAGAGACCAACAGGACGAGUCCGACCUACGUGUACCGGUUCGCCUUCGACGGUGCCCUGGGACUGUUUAAGCGAAUGCUGGGCAUCACGCACCCCGGGGCAUGCCAUGGCGAUGAGAUGGGAUACUUGUUCUACUUCUCCCGCCUGAACUACAGACUAGACGAAAACUCUACGGAGCUUGCCGUCUCGCAGCGUAUGGUACAAAUGUGGACUAACUUUGCUAAGACUGGAAACCCCACGCCUCCUGUGGACUACGACUCAAUAAUCGACUUCAAAUGGCAGCCCGUUAACGACACCUCCCACAUCAACUACUUAGACAUCGAUGGGAACUUCACCCAGCUCACAGACCCUGAGGCCAAGCGCGUGCGCUUCUGGGACUGGCUUUACGAAAACUACGCCAACAAACCGUGA